AUGUGUUGCCUCGCCGGUGAUGGCCGGAGGUGGUUAUUGUGCGCGGAUCUAGGGUUCGUGAUGAGUGGAACAGCAGAAAUCAAUGGGAUCGAGAAAGGAAUGGGAGUGGUGUUGGAUGGUGGUUCGAAGGUGCGCGGUGGUUGGCGUGGUGGUGAAGGACCUAGUGAGGUAAUGACCAUUUCCAAUGAAGGGGUCGCAAAUCCAAUUAGGGCGCAACCGCACACUACCAAAUACUACCUGGUUCUUGCGAGAGUUGAAAUGGUCAUGGCUAGCAUGGUAACUAGGGUUUUUUUCUUGGCCAUUGUGUGCCUGGCUCUUGGUACCACAACCAUUCCCAAGGCACAAGCAGCGGUGACAUGUGACCAAGUAGUGGACAACCUGACCCCAUGCCUUUCCUAUGUGAUGUAUGGUGGAACCACGGUUCCUGCUCAGUGCUGCAAUGGGAUCAGGAGCCUCUAUGGCCUGGCUCAGACCACACAAGACCGCCAAACAGUUUGCAGAUGCAUCAAGAAUGGUGUUAGUAGCAGUGGCUUCACCUACUCUAAUUACAAUCUCAACCUAGCUGCCAGCCUUCCCAAGAAAUGUCGGGUUAACAUUCCUUACCAGAUCAGCCCUAAUACUGACUGUAGCAGGUACUUCCAUUACUCUUUACAGUAG